AAGGAUGUGAAGUUGUUAAUGGAGAGUUUGGAGGGGCUGAGCACUCCGUCCAAAGAUGGCGACUCGACCCUGCUUGACCCCGGGACCAGUAGCAUCCUGGACGACAACACCAGGACUGACCCGGCACCAGAGGUAGGGAGAAGUAGGUCCAGUGGCUUGUGCUUCAGCGAUGGCAAGUGCCACAUCGACUACAUCCUGGUUUACAGGAAGUCUGGUCCACAGUCGGAGAAGAGGGAAAUAUUUGAGCGCAACAUCCGGGCCGAGGGCUUGCAGAUGGAGAAGGAGUUGUCUGUGUGCAACAGUGAUGUGAUCUUCCUGAAGCUGCAUGCUCCCUGGGAGGUGCUGUGUCGCUACGCAGAGCUUAUGAACAUUCGGAUGCCGUUCAGGAGAAAAAUCUACUACAUGCAUCGACGGUACAAGUUCAUGAGUAGGAUGGAGAAGAGAAUCAACAGAUUUCGAGGAUGGCUGCCUCGCAAACCUAUGAAGUUUGACAACAACGCCCUCCCUGACCUGGAGGAGAACGAGAGCUUUACCGCCCCCUUCAGUCGCUCCAGAAUACAUCAUUUCACCAUUCACAACAAAGACACGUUCUUCAACAACGCUACCAGGAGUCGCAUCGUCCAUCAUAUCUUGCAAAGGGUCAAAUAUGAGGAGGGCAAAGACAAAAUGGGGCUGAAUCGUCUUUUGAGCAAUAGUUCAUACGAGGCAGCUUUUCCCCUUCAUGAGGGGAGCUACAGAAGUAAGAACUCCAUCCGGACGCAUGGGGCAGAGAACCACAGACACUUGCUGUAUGAAUGCUGGGCCUGGUGGGGUGUGUGGUACAAGUACCAGCCACUGGACCUCAUAAGGCGGUAUUUCGGGGAGAAAAUUGGUCUCUAUUUUGCCUGGCUGGGUUGGUACACUGGGAUGCUGUUCCCUGCGGCGCUGGUUGGGCUCAUGGUCUUCCUCUACGGCUGGUUCACCCUAGACCACUGCCAGGUCAGUAAAGAAAUCUGCCAGGCCACUGACAUCAUCAUGUGCCCCAUAUGUGACGAGUACUGCCCCUACCUGAGACUCUCAGACAGCUGCAUCUAUGCCAAGGUCACCCAUCUUUUUGACAACGGAGCAACAGUUUUCUUUGCUGUAUUCAUGGCUGUGUGGGCAACCGUGUUUCUCGAGUUCUGGAAGAGGCGGCGAGCGGUCCUUGCGUAUGACUGGGACCUAAUUGACUGGGAGGAAGAGGAGGAGGAAAUCCGUCCCCAGUUUGAGGCCAAAUAUUCCAAAAAGGAGAGGAUGAACCCCAUAUCUGGAAAGCCUGAGCCGUACCAGGCCUUUACAGACAAGUACAGCCGACUCAUCGUCUCAGCUUCUGGAAUCUUCUUUAUGAUACUGGUGGUGAUCGCUGCCGUCUUCGGCAUCGUGAUUUACCGCGUGAUCACAGUCAGCACUUUUGCCGCCUUCGGCUGGGCUCUCAUCAGGAAUAACUCUCAGGUGGCCACCACCGGCACAGCCGUGUGCAUCAACUUCUGCACCAUCAUGCUCCUCAAUGUGUUGUAUGAAAAAGUUGCCCUUCUGCUCACCAAUUUAGAGCAGCCAAGGACUGAGUCCGAGUGGGAGAACAGCUUCACCCUGAAGAUGUUCCUGUUUCAGUUUGUCAAUCUCAACAGCUCUACCUUCUACAUAGCUUUUUUCCUGGGCAGGUUCACUGGUCGGCCAGGAGCCUAUAUCCGCCUCAUUAACCGCUGGAAACUGGAAGAGUGCCAUCCCAGUGGUUGUUUGAUAGAUCUCUGCAUGCAGAUGGGUAUCAUCAUGGUGCUCAAGCAGACCUGGAACAACUUCAUGGAGCUGGGCUACCCGCUGAUCCAGAACUGGUGGACGCGGCGAAGGCUGAGGCAGGAGCACGGCCCCAACGCCAAGGCCAGCUUCCCGCAGUGGGAGAGGGACUACAACCUGCAGCCCAUGAAUGCCUACGGACUGUUUGACGAAUACCUGGAGAUGAUCUUACAGUUUGGCUUCACCACCAUAUUUGUGGCAGCUUUCCCCCUGGCCCCGCUCCUGGCCCUCCUCAACAACAUCAUUGAGAUCCGCCUGGACGCCUACAAGUUUGUCACCCAGUGGCGGAGACCCCUGCCCUCUCAAGCCAAAGACAUAGGGAUCUGGUACGGCAUUCUGGAGGGCAUCGGUAUCUUGUCCGUCAUCACCAACGCCUUUGUCAUCGCCGUCACCUCCGACUUCAUCCCACGCCUUGUAUACGCAUACAAGUACGGCCCGUGUGCCGGGCAGGGCCGGGCCGGGGAGAGGUGCAUGAUGGGAUAUGUGAACGCCAGUCUAUCGAUGUUCAGAGUGUCUGAUUUUGAGAACACGUCGGUGCCCAGGACAGAUGGAUCGGAUACGUUUGGAGAAGCAGUGAAGUACUGCAGGUACCGUGACUACAGAGAGCCCCCAGACUCGCCCGGUGAGCCAUACUCCUACACGCUGCAGUUCUGGCAUGUCCUGGCCGCACGACUGGCCUUCAUCAUAGUCUUCGAGCACAUGGUUUUCACCAUCAAGAACCUGAUCGCCUACCUGAUCCCAGACCUGCCCAAGGACCUGCGGGACCGCAUGCGGCGGGAGAAGUACCUGAUCCAGGAGAUGAUGUACGAGGCCGAGCUAGAGAGACUGCAGAAGGAGAAAAAGAAGAAUUACAGGGCCCAUCAUAACGCAUUGCUCUGA